AUGUCAGGCAAGCAGUGCUGUGAGAACCCUCCAACUUUGAGUCCAAAUAGUGGCGGAGGCCAACUCCAAGUCAUUGGAGGCCUCAACUGCUAUGUCUCUGGAUCUCCUCUUUCCAAGUUUUCGGCUGUUUUCAUCUCUGACAUUUUUGGAUAUGAGGCUCCUAACUUGAGGAAGCUUGCUGAUAAAGUUGCUGCAGCUGGAUUUUAUACUGUGGUUCCUGACUUUCUCCAUGGAGAUCCGUUCGUAUCUAAUGAUUUUCAGAAUGAUCUGCCCGUUUGGCUAAAGAAUCAUGGACCUGAUCAAGGAUUUGAAGAUGCAAAGCCAGUUAUAGAAGCCAUAAAAAGCAAAGGCAUUGCCAAAAUUGGAGCUGCUGGUUUCUGCUGGGGAGCCAAGGUUGUUGUCGAACUAGCAAAGUAUGCUUACAUUCACGCCGGAGUCUUGUUACAUCCUUCAUUUGUAUCGGUAGAAGAUAUUCGAGGAGUUAAGGUUCCAAUUUCGGUUCUUGGAGCCGAGAUUGACCAGAUGUCCCCACCAGAACUUUUGAAACAAUUUGAAGCCGCUUUAAACGAGAAUCCUGAGGUUGAUGGUUUUGUGAAGAUAUUUCCUGGAGUUUCACAUGGGUGGUCCGUGAGAUACGAUGUCGAAGAUGAAGCCGCUGUAAAGAAAGCGGACGAGUCUCACAACGACAUGUUGGAUUGUUGA